AUGGCGAAGAAAGGCGGGAAAGGGAGGACUGUCGCUCCUCGAGUACCGUCUCGUCCGCUCCCGACGCUCGACCAGCCCAUCGUCGACCGCAUCAUCCGCUUCCUCGACCCGACUACGAAGAGCGAACUGAAGACGGUCGCGAAAUGCUGCCUCGUCUCCAAGACCUGUCUCGAAACGGCACGACCCAUCCUGUAUCGCGUGAUCGUCAACCAGCUGGACCCGACAGUCAUCGCCGAGCGCAAAGCGAUGGGUGCGCACUUGCGAGUGCUCGAAAAGCCCGUGCCGUGGGAUGACGAGGAGUUCAAGGCUUGGCCGAAAGGCCUGAUCUGGAGGACGUCGUACGACUCGGGCGAAGUGCUCGACAGAAUGGCAAAGCGGAUGUGCCUGUCACUCGAGCGGCACAAACAUCUCCAGCCACUCGUCAAGGAGCUGCAUGUCUUUGGCCAGCACGGGUAUGGCUCGCUCGCCAAGGCGGUUGAGCGGGUCUCCCGCGUCCUGCCCAAGGUCGACGUCGUCAAGUUCCACGCGCACGUCCCCGCCAAGACUGGCGAGACGCCUACUCCGGAAGACGAGGAUGCCUCGCAGGCGCCUCUCUCCUUCAGGCUGUUCCAACCGUUAGUCCAGCACCGUCACACCCUUCCUGUCCAAGAUCUCACCGUACUCGGCAGCUACGUCCGAGCGGCACCAGGCGUCUUCGACGGCAUCGCGCCCAUGUCGAGUUCCUUUUCGGACGUUUCCGACCCGGUCGACCGCGAGACGGGCCGGUACUUCUGGGAACCGACUUUCAGCCUUCAGUACCGCCGGCUCGAGACUGUCUUCUCGCCCAAGAUCUUCAAGCACCUCACCAAGACGUCCUGCACGACGCUCACCUCGCUCCACAUCGCUAUCCGGGAACACGCUAUCGACCUUUCCGACUUCCCUCUCCUGCGCCACCUCGGCAUCGCCUAUUCGCGCCCGCAAAUCGCAGUCGAGACGAUGGCUACCGCAACGUCACACCUUCGCACGCUCGAGCUGCGCAAGGACCGGAGCAUACAAUGGGACGACCUCAAGCUCGUCAAAGACGAGCUGGACAUCUCGAUCGAAUCGUUGACGGACGGCUCGUUCUUGGGCAAGCUCGGCGCGCUUGGGGACGAGUUCAAGUCGUUCAAUACCGUGUCGACUGUCCUUGCUCAAUUGCCCAAGUCGAUUACCCGCCUCACCCUCUCCUUCUACCUCGGCGAAUCCUACCCAGCCCUCCUGUUCGCCCUCGCCAUCCCCCGCUGGUUGCCAGACCUCAAAGUUCUCGACGUCGCAGACGAGCGCCGAUUGAACCCGGACGUCCAGAUGGGCGACGUCUUGCCGAGGGGAAAGAAGGAGCGCGAGGUGAGGGAGAUGCGGGAGAAGGUACGCGCGGCGUGCGAGAAGAGGGGCGUGUGGAUGAGUGCGUAUGCGAGGCCGUGGGAGGAGGAUGAGGUGGGCCUCGAGGCGAUAGGGCGGAGACCGUAG